AUGGCGUCUGUAACUUCCACCAGGUUGUGGAGGCUUGCUACGCUAAAACGAGUUACGCAGCCAGUUUUGAAGCUGUGUCUCAGCACCGAUGUGAGGAAAACAGAACGUAUUUUUGAUAGAAUGAAGAAAUUUGUCUUAGGCGAAGGAGCGCCGCAAGAAGAAAGCGGGGAAACCAUGGACAGGUGGGGAUUGCAUGGUCUUCUGGGUCACCAUAAAAACACAACUUAGUCUGUUAAAUUACUGUUGUAACUGAUAUAACCAUGUUCAGCAUUUAAUAGGGUAAAUGAGAGAAUUUCUCAUGUAGUUAGUCAGUAGUGAUAGGUCGUCUUUUGUUCCGUCCACAAGUGAUCGUAUGUACUGUGUUUGAGGGCACCUUCCUGUGCACAGGUAGCCCAAGCUCCUUGGGGGUCAUUACUAAUCACAUAAAGGUUAGAGUUUGUAUAGGAAUGUAACAAUAAACAUAACAUAUGGGAAGGAAAUUUGAUAGCAGUGACUUGCUUUGCCUCGUUUGCGUAGUACAGUUGAACCUCAAUAUGAUGCACCUCUAUAAGGAAGUCCUUGAUAUAACGAAUGAUAUUCUGUGCCCCAGUUAAAGCAAAAUAUAUGGAAAAGAACCUCGAUAUAACAAAACCUUGCUUAAGUGAACGUAUUUGGCCAGUCCCUUGGCCCUACACUGAAUCGUGGUUCCACUGUACUUGUGUUUUUGUGCAAUUGCGGUCUGUUUCAAAGCAAUUCCAACGAGUUGUAGGUUUACGUUUUCCUCUCCAAAUAUCAUUCCACAACAUAAGGGAGUUGAGAGGCAGAUCUACUGAAGGAAAACAGCCUCAAAUUUGCCUUGAAAGCUCCAAUCACUUUCAGAUUCCCCCUGGAGCACUUCUGAUAUGCUUUCCUUGACUGGAUGAAAACAACCACUGAACAGAAAUUUUACCCCACAAAUCACCCAAUUUUCUUUUUUGAAGGUGUGUUGACCUUGUGUUCUGUGCACUUACCAUUUGAAAACGUUUGGCUCAGAUUACCUGCACUCCCAUCAGGUGAAAAGUACCCUAGUCCCAGAGGUUUUUUCUUAAAAAUUUUCUCUGCAAAAGAGGGAGCGGGUCGUGAAGCAGCAAAUCUCACUUUCACACAGACAACACAGUCAGGAUCUGACCCUUGGGUGUUGAUUGGUUGAAAUUUUUACAAACAUCCAAAUAAAUUUGAUUGAUUGUUUAAUUUUCCAUACCCAGGGGAUGCUGAGGAUAUUUCUCAGCUCAUUUUUUUUUGGUAAAUUUUGCCUCUCUCUACCAGGGCAGAAAAUUGUUUGUAAAAUACUGCUGGACCAAUGUGAAGAUUCGCUAGAUUUUGGCGAAUGAAUAUUUAAAGAAAUUUUGACCUUUGUACUGGAUGAACGCUUUCCUGAGGUUGAAAGUCUCACUGAGCAACAAAUGAAAGCUUUGUUCGUCGCCUUGAAUCGUAAGGUGGUGUUCGCCAUCUUACCAACCAGACAUCGAAAGUCUAUGAUAUUUCAGUUGCUCCUUUGCAAGUACAAAAUUAAUUGAUUCAAAUGGCAUGCCAAAAGGUAAACAAUAUAAAUACAUGUACAGUGCCAUUUUCACGUUAGCCAUUUGAAAAAUGAACCACUGGAGCCAAGAAACUGUUGGGUUGGUAUUUAUAAAUUACAAGCAAUAGUCAUGAAUACACCUAUUAGCUUCUUUUAGCUAAAAACAAAUCGCAUCAUAAAGUUUGUGUUGCUAAUAGCCUAAUUAAUUUUAUGAUGCAAUUUGUUUUAGCUUAAAGAAGCUAAAAUGCAUAAUCUUUUCAUGCCAUCUGUUUCACAUUCACCUGCAUCAAGCUAUCCUACCUCUGUCACAGCUGCUUUCUGGUUUUCUAGCCACCAUUGAAGAGCAAAUCACAUGUGGUAAAGUGCCACAGUUCAUAAUUCUCCUUUUCAGUUGUUUUAUUUGGAAUCAGUGUUCUUCAGAUAGGCUUAGGCGGCUCAGGCAAAGCCAAUUUUUUUUUCUCUUGGUUGAGACACGACACCGGAGAAUCAUUCGUGCAGUGCUUCUGUCGUUUCAAGUGGUAAUCUGCCAACUGAUUUCUUAGGGCCUUCCCCUGAAUUUUUCUGAUUCAAAAUUUCAAAACUUCCCACUCGCACUUCUGGCAGAUUAUCUGUGAUAACCUCAUGGUAUUCAUCUACAUCAAAUCUUGACAGAACUGACGAUAAUGUUAUGUCUAAAACAUUCAUCUUAGAUCAGCCUCUGAUUUUCAAAUCAAUUCUGCAAAUCCUACAGGAGUUGUUGGAAACUGUUUCUUUUUGCGUAGUUUUUAUUCCCGCACUCUUACCUGUAAUUCGUGAUGUAGUCAUGUGUGAUGUAGAUUGCUACAUUUCAACUGCUUACUGCUGAUCUAUAGCAUUGUUUAUACUGUAGUAAAUUAUUGUUAUCGUAGUCAUUUAGUUGUUAUCUUAGUCUUACACUUCUGCAAAAAUACCCUUAGUUGCUAUCUUGCCCUGACUCAAUAACCUACAGGCUAGUUACAGCAACCAAGCAUCUUUUGUUGUUAGUAUUUAUGGUACUGUUUAAAAUAUUGCAGUUAUUAUCAACUGGCCAAGGUUGAAGAGCCAUUAAUAUACAGCAUGGAAACACAUGAAAUUUUGGAUACACUUCAAAACAUUGUGUCUGAAGUGGUACCUGAUGUAACACGUGAUCAGUGGGAAAGUCAAUCAGUUAGUGACCUGGUGGUUAAGUACAAGGUGAGACUAAAGGUCUAUUAAAUAAUACCCAAAAACUAAUAUUUUUGAUGAGGAAAAUACAAAGCAAAUUAAUGUUUACUGCAUAUCUUUAUAUCUGCUAUCUUCAUGGCUAAGCUUUAUGCCCAAUUUCAUUGGCAAAAAUAAUCUUAAAGUAAAUAUUAGUGCAAGAAUGAAUAGAUCUACAACAGCCAAAGCUGUAAACUAACAGUUUGUGUUCAGUAAGGUUUUAAACACCAGGCAGUGCCUAAUGUUUAAACUUGACAAAGCACUCCUGCUGGAUUAUUUAACUUUAUUCGACCUUGUUAUGGUAAUCUGAAAUCUAGACACUGCAGCCUUAAAAUCAUUGCCCCUUUCAAAUAAGCCCCCACCCUCUGAUAAGUCCCCCCUUUUCAGUGGAAGAAUGUUAAUAAACCUCCCCUCUUUACUAAGCCCCCCCCCCCCUAUUAUUGUUCUUCACUAAUAAAAUUAAUGAUAGACUGUAUUAAUCAAUCACAACUGUAAAACUUUGUGUGAAUUGAUCUGGGUUGGUUUAUUUUCCCACUGGAGGGUCAGAUUUGAUUCUGAUCCUUGGCUGCAUGAACUCCACCCUUCUUGUACUUGAGCUUAUUCCCCCCCCGCCCCUCGCCUCAUUGGACUUGAAAUAUAUAAGCCCCCUGGGGAGCAUAAUAGAGGAUUUAUCGUAUACAGUGGAACCCUACGUCACGGCCACCUUGGUAAUAUGGUCACUUUGUCAUUACGGCCACUCUUUUUUUUGGCUGCCCAGCCAGACAUUAUUUUUCUUGUAAAAAAACCCUUGCUAAUAUGGUCACCCCUUAAUACAGCCAGUUCUUUUUUGGCCCAUCGGUGACCAAAUUCCUGAGGUUCCACUGUAUAUAAUAAAUAUUAUUAAAAAGAUGAGUGGCUGAAUAAUGACCUAAGUGAAUCAUCUUUCCUUUUUUUGUCACAAGCAAAUACGAGGCAAUAUGAAAGGAUGAUCCACCUAAAGGGAAGAGUCGCCAAAAACUUGGUUUUAAAUUUAUGGUAUACCUCAAGGGGUAAAAUUGAGUCUGAUAUGAUAUCCUGUUAUGGCAAAUGACUUGGUACUUCCUGAGCAGCAGAUGCCAAGUUUGCAUGAUAUCAGGAUCAGGAUACUAGAGUUUUGCUAUCAAUGAUGGUUGAAUUUUGUCAUCAAUCCAGUAAUGUGCUGUAUCUAAUAAUACAGUUAUAUGUAUGAAUCUUAAUCCUGCAAAAUGCAACCUGGAGUCUAUAGGCCAUUGUCUUUCUUACAACAAUAGCUGUGUUUUGCACCCUAUUUGCUGCAGUGGAGGCAAUUCUGUCGCAUUUUGUCAAGUUUUUUAAAAACCACACAGUAUUUUAUAUGGCUCAGUUGCUUUUAGCAUUAAUAUUUGUCAUAAUUAUUAUUUGACACCCAAUUUUUUUCCCAUCAGGUUCUUAGCAGAUGUCACCAAGAAUUUGGACUCCUGGUUCCCAAUUGUCAGUUAAACACAAUGAGCAGUGUUCAGGACGUUAUUCAUUACUACACAACAGCCAAGCCCAAAGAUACUAGAACAUUUAAAUCUAUUGAUAUGGACAAAUUACCUCCAAACUUAGUUAUGGGAGGCAAGGUUCCUUUUAAAACUGUAUCUUCAUGA